AUGCAAGCUUCCACCCCUUUCUACAACGUCCAUAUAGAGGGCCGGAUUGGUCUUUGGUGGGCAUUUCUAACCGUCCUCUACUUGCUGUACAGAUACUGGGGAAAGAGAGAUGCUACUCUCAAUCUACCUACCAAUUCUUCCCUCUCCGUGACCUUGUCACAAAGCUCGCUUCGAGCGUACACCACCGCAUCAUGCUCUGCGAAAUACCCCAGCGCCGAUGGCGACUCGCUCACCCUCAACAACAAGCCUCAUAGCAUCCAGGGCUCACCACGAACUCUUGCUUGCCUUGCAGACCUACGUUCCCUCAGACAACAGCUAGAGUCCUCCAAUCAAUCCCUACCCAAGCUCUCUGCAUACCCACUACGCAUUGUGUCUGAGAACAACUUCCCCACGGCCGCUGGAUUGGCUAGCUCAGCUGCUGGAUUUGCCGCUUUCGUGCGUGCAGUCGCGGACCUUUAUGAACUACCCCAAUCAGCCAGUGAAUUGAGUAAAAUAGCCCGUAAGGGAUCUGGUUCCGCAUGCCGUUCGUUGAUGGGUGGAUACGUUGCCUGGAGGGCCGGCGAGAAGGAGGAUGGAAGUGACAGUAUGGCCGAACAAGUUGCUCCUGAGAGCCAUUGGCCCGAAAUGCGAGCUCUGAUCCUAGUGGUUAGUGGUGCACAGAAAGAAGUGCCCAGCACAGAAGGAAUGCAGUUGACGGUUGCUACCUCGACUUUAUUCCCAAGCCGUGCCCAGUCAAUUGUGCCAGAGCGCAUGGUUGCAAUUGAGAAAUCGAUUCAGGAGCGCAACUUUGAUACCUUUGCCGAAAUAACGAUGAGAGAUAGCAACGGUUUCCACGCUACGAAUUUGGAUACCUGGCCACCAACCUUUUACUUGAACGAUACCUCCCGCGCAGCUAUCAGGGCCGUCCACGAUAUCAACCGUGCUGCCGGACGCACCGUUUGCGCUUAUACCUUUGAUGCUGGCCCCAACGCAGUUAUUUACUACCUUGAAAAGGAUACCGAGUGUGUUCUUGGAACCUUCAAGUCGAUUCUAACUUCCGCAACCGAGGGUUGGGAGUCGUCAAACAUCAAGCCCACAGCCUCGCUGCAGCAAUCGGUAGAUUCUCGAGCUGCGGAGCUUCUGUCAAAGGGUGUUGGAAGAGUGUUCUUGACUGGCGUGGGCAACGGCCCAAUCAGCAAGAAGGAGCACCUUGUCAGCGAAUCUGGAGAGAUAUUAACUACCGCUGUCUAG